AUGUCCCGAUCUAUUCCUUCCUUUGACAUCGAUAAAUCGCAAACCCGGGUUUACAAGGAAAUGGAUGAAUAUUUGCAGGAUGCAAGGUCGAGCGAUAUGGUGAUUCCCUUUGUCGUAGGCCCCAAGACUGCCAGUGAGAUGCAUGAAACACCUCUGUUGUCUCUCUUAUGCUCAGAGAAGAUAACUGAACCAUUUCCGGCAUUGAUUAUCGGAGCGAUAAGAAGCCUAGGGCAGUGGAGUGAUGAAGGGAGAAGAAUUAUCAUCGUCCCAGUUGUUACUCAAGCCAAGUGGAGAACUGGUGUUAUCCCGACAUUGCUAGAGUUCCUUGACAAGUCCUCACUGAACCCUGGACUGUACGACAGCUCGGGUAUAGGCUUUCCGGAACAGUCCCUCAGAGCCAUAUACCUCGACAGAUUCUUGCACCGUACUAGUCCUAUAUGGGAGGCGUCUGCUCUCAAUAGGGUUCAAAGAGCAGUGAUUCCUAUCGACACAUGGGGCGAUGAAUAUGGACAAACCUACGACAACAGAGUGCUAGAAAAAAAGGUAGAGGGAACCAAGCAGCACCUGAUGAAGUGCGGGUUGGGGGAGAUGAUGGUGAAACCGGGGUGGCAUGUUGCGUCUCUGUAUCCAUUAACGUCGGAGAAGGCGUGGCAGAUUAUUGAGUUUGUUUUGAGCGACAAGGACUACGUCUGGGAUCCCAUCUUCAGAUUUCCUCGCGGCUAUGUAUGGAAGGAGGGAGACGACCUGUCGUUCAAAUAG